AUGCCAUUCACCGUCGGACAACAAUUCCCAACUGGAGUUGAAUUCACUCAUAUCCCAAUUCAAUUCAAUGAUUUAUCAUUAAUAAACCCUUUGAAAUGUGAUACUACUGCAAAAUUGAAUGUUGACAAUUUACUUCAACAAUUAUCAACCAGUGAUAAACCAUUAUUAGUUGUUGUUAGUGUUCCAGGUGCAUUCACUCCAACAUGUACAGAACGUCAUAUUCCGGGAUAUUUAUCCAAUUUAUCCAAAUUGACCGAUAAGAAAGUUGGUGCGAUUAUUGUCUUGGCUUGUAAUGAUGCAUUUGUUGUUAAUGCUUGGGGUAAGACAUUGGUGAAGGCAUAUGUUAAGGAUGUUGAAAAUCUUCCUCAGAUUUAUUUUGCAAGUGAUGGUGGAUUUAGUGGACAAUUUGAAUUAGCUGCUGAUAGAGGGGGAGUCUUUAGAAAUAAGAGAUAUGCUACUUUGGUUGAUAGUAGGGAUAAGACUGUGAAAUAUUUUGGUGUCGAAACUGAGAGUGGUGUUCAUGUGUCUGGAGUUGAAAAUAUCUUAGAUGCAAAGUUGUAA